AUGGUGGAUCACCUCCAAGAAGCAUGGAAAUCCAUUUCUUUUGAAAAUAUUUAACCAUUCAUCUGUUUUCUAGGAAUAGGAAGAGCCAGUAGGAAAGUGGGCUGCCUGGAAAAACCCAUUACGACCAUUAGUACAGAUGGAGAUGUGAUCACCAUAAAAACAAAAAGCAUCUUUAAAAAUAAUAAGAUCUCAUUUAAACUUGGUGAACAGUUUGAAGAAACCACACCAGGUGGCUGUAAAACCAAGAGCACCAUUACCUUAGACAAUGACUCCUUGGUUCAAGUUCAGGACUGAAUUGGCAAUGAAGCCACCAUCUGAAGAAAGCUGGUGGAUGGGAAGAUGGUGGAAAGUUCCAUGAACAAUGUUAUCUGCACACGGACAUAUGAGAAAGUAAGAUCCAACAAUAUACUG